GAAAAACCAAGUUUUGACCACCAAUGUCUGGCUGCAGAUGUACUGGUACGACCAUUACUUGCAGUGGAAUGAAUCGGAAUACCCUGGCGUGAAGACUCUGCGGUUCGCAGCUAACCAGGUCUGGAAGCCCGACAUCCUUUUGUACAACAGUGCCAAUGAAGAAUUUGACUCAACGUUCCACACCAACAUCUUGGUCAACUCCAGCGGCUACUGCCAGUGGCUCCCCCCAGGCAUCUUGAAAAGCACGUGUCGAAUCGACGUCCGCUGGUUCCCCUUUGACACCCAGAAGUGCGACCUGAAGUUUGGCUCCUGGACGUACGAUGGCUGGCUGCUCGACCUGCGCAUGCUGGAGACGGACACCUCUGGCUACGUUGCCAAUGGCGAGUGGGACCUCAUGGGUGUGCCUGGCAGUCAGAACAAAGUUUUCUACGAAUGCUGCCGGGAGCCCUACCUGGACGUCACCUUCGCGGUCACCAUGCGGCGCCGAACACUUUAUUACGCCCUCAACAUGCUGGUCCCUUGCCUCCUCCUCUCAGCCAUGACCUUCCUGGUCUUCCUCCUGCCAGCUGAUUCCGGAGAGAAGAUCUCCCUGGGCAUCACCGUUCUCCUCUCGCUCACUGUCUUCAUGCUGCUCGUGGCGGAGGUCAUGCCGGCCACCUCCGACUCCAUUCCGCUCAUAGGACAAUACUUUGCCAGUACGAUGGGCAUGGUGAGCCUCUCUGUGGUCGCGACAGUCUUUGUGCUCCAGUACCAUCACCACGACCCGGACGGCGGCUGCAUGCCAAGAUGGGUGCAGGUGGUGGUGUUGCAGUGGGGGGCCUGGCUGCUGCGCAUGCGCCAACCCGGGGAGGACCCGGUGGGGCGCCCGCACUGCGCCCCCAGCCUGUUGAGCUGCAGCUCGGACAGCAGCAACGGCAGCGGCACACCAACCCGGCAGGCCCGGCUCCCCAUGGCGCUGGCCAACGGCAACCAAGCCUACCCCGGAGCGCUGCUCCCGGCCAAGCCCCCCGACGUGCCGCGCCCUUUUCUCCCAUCCCCAGAGCUGCCGGCCUCCACACCUGAGGAACUGCUUGCCGCGCCCGAGCUGGGCCACAUCCUGGAGGAACUGCACUACGUGGCUCAGUGUUUCCGGGGCCGCGACGCCGCUCAGGCCGCCUGCAGCCAGUGGAAGUUUGCGGCGGCUGUCCUGGACCGGCUGUGCCUGGUCACCUUUGCCCUCGUCCACAUCGUCUGCUCCAUCGGGAUCCUCAUGGCCGCGCCCAACUUCCCCGAGGCCAUCACAAAGGACUUCCUGUGAUAUUAGGCCCGCAAAAUGGCAGGUUUCCCUGAUGCCUAGAUUUUGGCGUCCUCCCCUAGAGGCAGGACAGGUCUUUCCAAUGUGGCUUCCCUCCUUAGCGGCAUGAUGUUGUUAGAGGCUUCCUGCGAGGAGAAUCUGGGCAGGGAUUGUUGAGGACAACCGGCCUUGCCGGCCAGGACCUCUGAUCCACUUGUGAACACUGUCCUGCAGAGUUCUGUAUGCUCAUCUGGAGGACCAAACGGACACCGUACCGACACUCCUGUCCCGCAUGCCAAGUCCGUAACACUCGCCCAGGAGGAUUUCAGAUCCAAACUGCCUCUAGAAUUUACUACUCAUUGUUUUUUUGAGAGGGGCUGCCGCCUAUUUGACCCUCAGCAUCAUGGAUGUCAAGGUGGCCUUGUUCUCCGCCCCGCCCCGUCGCUGCCGCACGCAGCACCAUUUCCCUUCUGCUGCAGUUUCUCUUCCGCCAAAGAAUACAUUAUCUGUCUCGCUGUCCGCUGUGGUGAAAUUACAUAAUCCAUGUAAUUAAUUAUCCUGGCGUUAUGUUACCCUCAGACCCGUGCAUUUCGGUGAAAAUGAAACACAGAGCAAAUGGUGUGUUAAUCAGUCUUAUGUCGUUUACAGACGAAUAGCAACAGCAGUGGCAAAUACAGAUUGCAUUUGCUGUCUUUAUUUCCCUUCCACGCUUGAGACGACCAAGGGAACAUGGGCCAUUUCCCACUCCAUAGUUCUGGAACGUCUAAAUUAGUUUCGAACCCUGACCUGGUUUAUAAACCCUGGAAGAGGUUUUCAUGGAGACCCUUUUAUAGCAAAGGAAACUACCGUAAAUUGAUUCACAUGUUUUUGUGUGUACACAUUCUGCGAUGGAUCGUGGCCAGGGAUUCAAGCCCUGCCCCAGCACGGUCACUCUCUCUGCCUCAGUUUUCCUAGGCUGUAAAAUGGGAACAUGCCAAGCUACCCUUUUGCCGGGGUCUGCUAUGAAGUCAAAGGAUGUAAUGAAGUUUAUGAAAGCAUUUUUGCAACUGAUGAGGUUCAGAUUCACUGAAUGUGGGAGUGUUUUUAUUG